CACCAGCAGUCGCUUGGCAACGGCGGAGACCGAUGCGAUGCUAGACAACGGAGGGUCGAGCAAUGGCACCGACGCAGGCGAGCACACAAGCAUAGCGCCUGGCCCACAGUUCCGUGCAAAGGACAUCCCUUUUGUACUAGUUUCUGUACUGACAUUUGCGACUGCAUACGCGCUUGUUCCGCUGGCAGAGAUACCGCUGACGGUGUUGAUUGUAUCGUUUGGCAUUCAAUGGGCUAUGUUCAUACCUGCGGUGAUCUAUCAAACCGAGAAGUACUAUGACCUCACAGGAUCUCUUACAUAUCUAUCGCUGACGCUGUACACCUUCGCGGCUGGCAACCACGACAUGCGCUCGGUUCUGGCCACCAUCUGCGUAUGCAUCUGGUGCACCAGGUAA